AAAAGCAUCUGAAUGGGUUUAAUAACAGAUCCACGACUGACCCAAAAAAAACAGAUCCACGCGGUCUCGUUCCUUCCUUCAACUUCGGUCUUGCAGAUUAGGAGACUUUUUAUGGGUGUGGUGUGACUAGGAGCUUCGGCUAGGGAGGGUGGGAGUUAGAGAGAGAUAAAGAGCUGGGUCGUCUUUUUUGGUUGCUGGGUGAGUUUUGCUUGGCUCUAGCUCCCAUCUAUCUCUUUUUAAGGUUUUUUCUGUAUGAGUGUGGAUUGAGACAUGGAUGUCAGAUAUUUUCUUGGUUGGAUCUGUUUUUUUUUUCUCUAUCAUUUUGUUUGUAUAACUAUGUUUUGUAUCUUGACUUUUGUUUUAUUUCGUCAUAUAAUGAAUGCUGUGGUGGUUGCUGGAGUAUUUUCUGUAUGAGAUAAUGUGGUUGACUUUUUAUCAUUCUCAAGCUUCUAGGGUUUUGGUUGCUGUUCUUCAAUGUUCUUGGUUGUUAAAAGUGUUUAAAAGAUUAUACUGAAGGAGGAAGUGUAUGGUGUGGAUAAACUGCCCCAUGUCUUGUUUUUUUUCCUUUGCAAACGAUAAUUAAAUGGCAUGCUGAAAGAGUGUAUGUAACAACAAAAAGACCAAUACCUAGGAAAUACGAAAACAAAACAAGAAAAAUUCAAAGAACUAUCUUCAGUAAUGCAAACUUAACUCAAUUCAGUAAAAUCUUGUCCGAUCUUAUAUUGGCUUCUCAUACGAUGGACUGUUUCCUACUAAAUUUUCACUUAAAUAAUACCUUUAUUAUCUCCUACGAUUUUUGAAGGUGUGAAACGGUACAGAAAUCAAAUGGCCAUCACUAUCUGUUUAGGCUGGUUCUAUGUGCACUGUAUCAUAGAGUGAGAUAGAUUGAGAUGCUAAUUGGGCUUACAUACUUAUACACAUUAGGCUUCACAUUUUAACUAUGUCACUUAGAUCUGCUAAGAAGGUCAACUAUCAUUGUCAAAUAUCACUAUUAUUAAGAAACCUUCUGGGAAUCACUAUUAUUAUUACAGUCAUAAGUCCCCUUCCAUCCAACUUAACAAUUUCUUGUGUGGUGUUGGGACUGCAGAAUAUAUAGGGCAAGGGCUCUGGAGUGUGGAUUCCAAAUAAAGGCUUAGAAAUUUGCUGAUUGACCGAAGUAAUGGAGGUACUUGGCAAGUCUAUGGUAGGCAUAACGAUGCCUGCUAACGUUAUUUAUCUGUCAAGUAUUCUGGGCCAAGAUGGGCCAAACCCUGUUCACAAAUGCGAUUGGAAAUGUGAAAUCGAACAUGUGUGUGGGAAUGUGUACCGCUGCAGACUAACAGGCUCCACACACAUCUGUGACAAAAACUGUAACCAGAGAAUUCUGUAUGAUAACCAUAGCUCCCUUUGCAGAGUGAGCAGGCAGGUUUUCCCUCUAACUAUGGAUGAGGAACAGGCAGUGAAAGGUGUCCGGAGGAAGCUCGAUGCCGAGAGUUCCCCCUCUGACAGCUGCGCUUAUAAGCGCAGACGGGAUGCACAGUUCCAUCCCUCUCCUUUUGAGAGAUCAUUCUCUGUUGUUGGUCCAAUCUACAGUCAAAUUGGAGAUAGCAUGGAUAUGAGCUAGAAGAUAUAACUAAUAACAGUCCUUUUUGUCUUUUUUAAUUUCCUUUUUUCUUGCUGAACAAGUAUGAAUAAAGGAACUUGUUGUCGGACCUAAAAGGCAGAUUUGAUCAUCCUGCCUAUCUGUAGGGAGAUCUAUUAUUUUGAAUGUCAUUAAAUGGGUUGUAGCUCUUCCUAACUUCACUUUCUAUAGGAAAUUAGCAAUGCUAUAUCACUGUUAACUUUAUUAUGAAUAUUGAGUUGCCC